AUGCUGAAAUUCGUCCUGGAUCCCGAGAGUGUGUGCGCCGAGACAGACGGGACCUCGGCCGAUGAUGUGGUGGAGCACGUGAAACUCGUUUCAGGCAUCCGCGCCGUCUUGGCGCCGCGCGACACGUGCAGCCAGUCGCAGCUGAAGUCCGCCCUCGUCGCACACGCUCGGGUGAAGGAGUCCAAGUGGCAGCUGGACGACACCGUGGAGAGCUGGGCCGAUCAGGCAAAGAUCAAGGCGCGAGACAGGGAGCCCUACGCGUGGCUGGAGGACCACUUCCCAGAG